AUGAAAAAAUUAAAUGACGUAAAUAAAAAAAUCAUAUCUGAAGUUGUUGCAAUUAGAGCCGCUAUUGAUGGAAAUGAAAGCAAACUUACGCAUAUAGAUAUAUCUGGUGCCAAGCUAUCUGGUGAGAUUGCUAGUUUGAAGUCUGAAUUAAAUAGGUCAUUUGCCAGUGUCGUUAGUGGUGAGAUGAAAAAAGGCGUUCAAUCAAUUAAUCAGGACGUGAAAAUUGUUCAAAAAAAGUUGCAGGAUGUCGUCGAUAAUAAGGAAAGAGAAGCUAAUAUAAUAAUGUUCAAUUUGAAGGAAGGAUCAGACGACAAUGCAAGAGUCUGCCAAAUAUUGGAUCAUUUGACUGAAGGGGUAUGCGGAGAAAAAAAUGUUCUGAAAAUGAUGAGAGCUGUACUUAAAAAGUUGCUCAAAGAAGCCAAGGAGGCGGAGGAGGGUUGCAAGCAAGGUUUUUUAUAUCGAGUGAUAGGAGAGGUUGGAAGGUGGAAAAUAGUGUGGUUUCAGAAGGACACAAAAUUAAACUAG